AUGAACAAUUUAAACAAAAAUUUGAAGACAGACUUUAAGAUAGUGACAAACAUGAAAAUGUACUUCCAAAAUAAUAUUGAAUAAUUAAUAUAACCAUCUGAAGAUGAUCCUCAAGUUGAGAUUACCUCAAACUCAAACUAUGUUUUAUUACCUGAUUUAAAAUCUAUGGUGUUCAAUUUAGUUGAUUUAGAGAGAAAUGAUUUUGAUCAACAAAGUAUUAAUCAAUCUAUGUAUAUACUUUCAUCUACGAAUGCUUCAUGUAUUAAAUUUAUUAAUUUAUAGGUAACAAAAUCUCAGUUAUUUUUCAAAGUUUAAGUAAUGAAUCUAUUUCCUCAAACUCUAUAGGUGAAGAAUUUUGA